UUUGCGGAUGAAUUUUAAGGAAUAAUUUUCAAAACAUGUUUUAGCGAAUCAUGCACAGGUAAGUUGACACAGUCAAAUAAAUUUUUAACUUAUGGAAGACCUGCAGGAUAGCUUGGAAGAGUAUGAAGUGAAUGAAGGAAUUCCUACUGUGAUUAGCAGAAAUUCAGCCAGAAUGGCAGAUUACAACAUGGACAGAACACAGUCUAACGCUCCUAUGAACUUGAUGCAGACAGGUCCAUUUAUGGUACAGGAAUCCCUUGCACCUACUGGUGGGGACUUUGAUUUCACAAGAAUCGGUAUAGAAGAGAAUCAGACUAGGUCGAGUUUAGUCUAUCGACGGUCAGGCCCUGAAGGAAGUCCUGCCUUUAACACCAGCAGUGGGUUUCUGCCUCAGAGAACAACAGACGAGGAAUCCGUCAUCUUCAGGCCUGUUGGUCAGCUGGAUUUCUCCGCUCUGGAUGACACAGAAAGAAAUGAAGACCUGAGCAGAAACAGAUCGGUUUCAAUGCCCCAGAAGAAUCCCCCACAGGGUUCCUAUUUGGUCGCAGAGAGAGAGGAGGUGUAUGGAUCACAAGACAUGGAUAAUAACAACUCGCGGAAUGACUCGCCUGCUGCUGGAUUUUUUGAAAUGAAUCAGUCUCCUCGCCAGAGCAGCGAAAGUGAGGAGGAAUUGGACAGUCGUGUGAUAUUUUCUCCCUUACGUAAAAUGGAGAAUGGGGACUCGACAGAAAAUAUUUCAAGGUUUGAAUUUGAGCGCCAUGUCGUUGCCAGUAAUAAAUUUCAAAAUGAGGAACAAAGAUUUCAUGAACCUUCACUUGCAAAGACCUCACCUAAUGAAAUGGGUAAAUAUAGUCCUGGGGCAUUGCAAAAAACAAAAUAUAUGAUGUCACCAGGGGAGAUAAAUGUUAGUAGAAAUCAACAAAUUGUAUCCCCUGUGUCACCUAAGAAUAGACCUAACAUGGAGAGAAGGGAGGUAUUUGUAUCAAUGCCUGCUGUAGAUCAACACAGAGAAAGUAUUGGAACCCCACCAAAUGCUGCUCAGAAUACUUCAAUGCAACACCAACCAGAAAUCCAGAGGGAACAUGUUGGUAAAGAACAACAAAUUCACACUCAAGAACCUAAAGUGACUCAUGUACAUAUUCAUAGCAAUGCAUCAUGGGAUAUUCCAGUGUCUGAGAGUUCACAGCAAACUCACGACAAAACAUCGAAACAUCCACAGAAAACGUUGAACGAGAGGCGUCCCUUUGUGUCCUCUGUAAGAAGCGAGUCCUACAAUGCUUUUCUACAAAGCAAAGAUUCCCAUCUACCAAGGCCCAAAACCAAAGGUUCUGAUGCUACAAAGUCAGCAGCAGACACUUCCAAAAUAAAUACUCAAAGACCUGAAAAUUCCAGGCAGGUUGCCGGUGAAAAGAAAAUUUCUGGACCGAUUCCUUCUCAUGCUGAGAGUCGGAUCAUGGCAAGAAGAAACAUGGCUGCCGGCCAAAGUGAGCGACAGGUCAAGACUGAUCAAUCGAGGAAGACCAUGGAAAGUAUGGAGGAGAGACAUUCAAGGUCAUAUCAAGGUGGUGUCAAGGUCAACGAUCAUUCUCCAGUCCAUCCAGCGGCCAAUGUAGUGACCCAGGUACAGCAUUAUCAUUCUGAGGGAGAGGAGACCACUCACACUCAUAGACAGGUCAAGGACAAUGUUGAUGUAAAGGGAAUGGAAGAGGUCCGGUAUCAGUUACAGAAUAUGCUCAAGUUUUCUGCUGCAUCAGGUCUGGGUGAAAAUCACAUGGACUACAAUGAUAAUGGGUUUAUGCAGGAGAUGCAGUCAGCCCCUGAAAUGAUGCACAAUCCCGGAGAUUACUCCAUCAUCAGUGGUAAGGGCGGAGAAGAUGUGUCAGAAAUAUUGGAAAAUUUUCCGAGUUUUACGUCUAAAAUGUGGUCCGAGUCCUCCAACCAGAGCAGGAGUGAAUCCUCCCUGUACGCGGAGAACCAAAGAUUGCGGGAGGUGAUGGAGAAGGAACGCUACAGGAGAAAGCAUUGUGAGCAAUACAUUCAGAAGCUGAAUGUAAAGUUACUGGAGACACAACAACAGCUAGCUGUGGCCAUUUCUACAGACAAGAGGAAAGAUAUCAUGAUAGAACAGUUAGACAAGCAACUUGCUAAAGUUGUGGAAGGCUGGAAGAAUCGGGAUGAAGAAAAAGAAAGUAUGCUGAUAAAGUUAAGAACAGAGAAAGUGAAAAUAGAAGAGAAACUAGCCAAACAGAAUGAGAUGAUUAAAAACUUUGAGAAAGACAUGGCAGAAGCCUUACAACAGAUGAGAGAUGAGAAAGACAGAGCCAGUAUUGAGAUUGACAAACUGAAGGCUCAGAUAUCGGAGAAGGAGCGAGCUCGUUUCCAUGCAGAGGAAAUGCUGGAUGCUGAGCGCGAGCGGACUCAACUGAUCAACCAGGAGUGGGAGAAUCUCAAAGAGGCUCGAGACAUGGCCGAGAAAAAGGUCCAACAGCUACAGGAUCGUCUCCGCUCGGAACAAGAUGAUUGGUUCAAAAGAGAGCAGGAACUGUUACAGAAGAUAGAUGAAGUGUCCGAGAGCAACCAGAAAGUCCUGAAUCAAGAGAGGGAGAAGUCAGAGGAGGCUGUGACCCUGUGUAAAGACAUGGAAGAGAAGAUCUACUCCCUCCAGACUGAGAGUAGGAAAUAUCAGAUGGAGCUGGAUGCGGCCAUCAGGGAAAAGGAGAGUAUGAAGGUAGAGAUGGGCAUUAUGGAGGCCAAGUUUGAGAGUUCACAGAGGACCCUAGAGGCCGAGUUACAAUCCAAGAUGGAGAAGGAGAUUGCGGAUCAGAUAGCAGAGAUUCACAGGAAGACAGAGGAAUCAGAGACAGAACUACGGCAGAAUCACAGACAGCAGAUAAAGGAACUGAAUCAGAGGUACACCAAAGACAUGGAGCGAAACCUGGCCAAGUUCCACAGCGACCAGAAGAACAGGGAAGAGGAGUUCCGAAAGCUUACACUGGAAUACGAGGAAAAAUUGCAAGAGCAGAGGAAUGAAAUAACAUCUCUUCAUACAGUUAAACAGAAACUAGAGUCUCAAAGGUCAGAGAUUCUAAUGAAACUCCAGUACAUGAUGCAGUCUCAGUGGAAUGAAGCCGUACAGAUGUUGGCCACUACUCCUCAGAGAAAGACAUACGCUAGUACAUCCUUUAGUUCCCAGACUAACACCACUACGAGUGCAGCCCUGAACACCAGUAUUCCUAGUCAGGGGGCGUUCCCCAUCACCAGCAGUCCGGGAAGGGACAGUCACACUGCCCCGCCCCUAGAGCCCAAUAUCAGUGACCUGACCACCUCCCUCCACAUGCAGCAGUUCUUCCAAAGUCUUUCACAACCUCUGGUUUUUCCACAUACAUCCAUGCAAGCAGAAACCAGCACAAGCUCUAGGAAUCCACCAGCCAUCAGCGAGAGGAGGGUAGGCGAAACUUCUCAAGUUACAGAAUCGCUGUUCAAUGGAGUGAAAAACUCUUCUGAAGUAUUCCAUCGGAGGGAACAAGAAGACAGAGCAUUACAUAAUGGCCUACAGGAAGACAGGGUACAGUCCAAUACUCAGGAGGAAGAGCAUGAGACAAUCCACAACUGGCUUAGAAACUCUCAGGAAGACAGUUUUAGGACAGGGGCUUCAUUUAUAGCUGCUGAGGAUAUCAGGAGUUCUAAUCUGUCUGUUUUGGAGUUGGUGGGAAAGUUUCAAGGGCCUGGUCCACAGCAGGGUUCUACAGGUUUUUUACCUAAGAUCUCGGACUCUGAGUCUCACCCAAUCAGUGUGCCUGUUUCUCAUCCACCCACUGCUGUUCCCAUCAGGCCUCCUCAGCAUGGGAAUAGCCAAUCAACCAAUCAGGUUAAUUCUCAGUUUGUCUCAUCCAAUCGUGUUCAUGAUAGGAGUUUUGAAAGUGCUAAGUCAGCCAAUCAGAAAGAGGAUCAAGCAUAUCCUGGAAGAUUUGCUCAGAGUUUGCCAGUGAGAGGAAGAAGUGAUUCUCCAACACUCUCACAGCAAAGUAAAGAAGAGCCAAUGUCUUGGCCACAGAGAAAUGUCAUUCACUCGCCACCAACCAAACAGAGCAGAGGUCAUGUGAUAGAAGGUCACAGUGUGACGGAGGAGGGUCAAAGGUUAGAUGUUGAUUAUCAUCACUUGUCCCAGAGAAUAGAAGAACACGAAUCCAAACAAUUUCAACUCCAGCAUUACAUACAAAUGUUGUUACAGAAACCUCCCGGGGAUCCUGUGACAGAAGAGGGAGAGGAGAACAAUUCAAUGAGCUCACACAACAACACGGUGGAUGAAUUGAACGACACGGCACAAGCAGCCCAAAUACAGAAGGAGAUGAUACGCCUCCAACAACUGAGGGAAAAGAAACAAUCACAGCAGGCAGAAAUGGAACCAGGUACAUCAGGGGCAGCGAACAAGGUGAUGCAGCCCGAACAGUUGGCAGAAAUAUCCAAAAUGUUGAACCAGGUCAAAGGUCAAUUUGGAGGAGGUCAGAAGCAGGUGACCUUGACACACACUGAGGAGGAACAUAUGUUACAGAUAUUUAAUCUCCUGAAGUACAUGCAGAGUGCACCAGGGCAUGAUAGUGGAGGAGUGGCCAAACCAGGUCGUCAUUCUAGUGCCCCUUCCUCGCCAAGGUCACACGACAGGGACAAGGUCAAACGGAAUCUGAAGGAUCAGAUGGCAGGUGCCUCUGAGGGUCAGCCAAGAGGGGAUAAACACGGAGGUAAACCGCCCCUGAACCAUCAGAAGAAACCCGAGAGGAAGGUGGCGUCUGGUAGUAAAGCAGGUCAUCAAAAUAAAUCCAAGUCGGCCUGGAAGUGAAAGUACAGUCAGUGAUAGAAAUGCGGAAGGUUCAGUCCAAGCCUGUCAGAAAGUGAAAGUAGGAAGGACCAGUGUUCAGUGUGUCUUCUAUGUCAAUGUGAAAAUGAAAGUAAGACUUAUGCGGUAUAUUGAAAGUACAAGUUGUGUGGUGUAUCAGGUCAGAGAAUGAAAUUCCCAGGUCAAGG